AUGAAAAACCGAGGAAAGUUUGCCAAUGCUCGACAAAUAAAUACUGCUCCUACUACUACUACCAAUAAUAAUAAUAAUAAUAAAUCACAAAAUGAUGAUGAUAAUUGUUCCGUUGUUUGUUAUAAGGAUUCUGAUGAUGGUCAUGUCGGUGUGGUUCGUAUUCGUCAACAACCAGUGUGUUCAGCGUGUAAUGUGAUGCGUGGAACUUUGUCAUUAUAUUAUAAGCAUGUCUUAGAAAACAACCAUCGUGAAAAUGUUAAAAAAUCGUGCGAUGAAAAUCGUUUUGUGCCAUCGGUUUAUGAUCAAGCUAUUCAUUUAGCUUUUCAUAAUAAUUUUUAUUAUCAAAGUGAUAAAUUUUAUUUUCGUUACAAACAUACAAAUGAAGAACCUGUUUCAUCAUCACAACACAGCCAAUCAACUGAAACCGUUAAGACAAAACCGGAAAAAUUUGAAAUUAAUAAUAAUCAACAAAAAUCAAUUGUGGCCAAUCCGCGUAAACGCCGAAAUCUACGAGUAACACUUGUCUUUCAAGAUAAAACUUAUUCACAAAUUGGUACAACAACAAAUCAAAUUCGUGAACAACUUCUUAAAGAAAUGAUUGCCGAUCGUGCUAAUGAUAUAGCCGCAUUGCCAAUGGAGAUAUAUUAUAUUAAGAAAAAAAUUGCACCCGAUAACAUUCAUCACAAUGCUCAAAAGAGCUCUGUUAUUUUCACUAUGGCCAAAGAUCAGUCACAGGUCUUGCUAAAGAAACAGCAGCAGCAAGAACCGUUUGAAAACGGUGAUAUGUCUUCUGCUAAUAAUAGCAUUGAAGACAACGGUGUGGAACAGAAUACUGCUAUGACCACAUAUGAGAUAUCGAAUACAGAAAAAAUCGAUGUCGAUGAACCACCGUCGCUUGUCGAUGACAUUAUAAACGUUUGCAAGGAUGUUUUAAAUACUAUUAAUCUCGAUAUUUAUUCUAAAUGUGGUGAAUUAAAACGUGAACAACAAUUUCUAUCUGGUAUUGCAAGACGAAGCUUUAAGAAAAAAAAUACAUUCUUCUGUGAUAUUUGCUCAAUUUUUUUAACAUCAGAAAAAUAUUGUACACAACAUCUCAAUGGACUAGAUCAUUUAGAAAAUUUUCGUCAUUAUCAAACAACAUUUUUGCCAUGGCGUCAAGCUUUGCAAAUGACUUUAAUUAAUGGUAAAUCAAUGAAGGAAAUAAUGGGUAAUGAUGCUUAUGAGAACUAUAAAAGAACCAUGGCACUUUACAUUUUGCCAACUUGUCUUUCGAACCGUGGACGUUUUUGUUGUGCUUAUUGUGAAGUUGUUUUGACAGAUCAAUGGGCUCUAGAAAAGCAUUUACAUACCGCUGAGCAUAAAGAAAAGCAAACAUCAUCCGAUCACAAAGAUCUUGUUAUUCGUUUUGCUAAUGUUGUUAUUAUACCUGCGAUAUUUAAAUUCAAUGGUGUAACACAAUUGUCAGAAAUUCCCGAUGAUAUUAAAAAUCGUUAUCAAUGGCGUUGUGUAACACGCGAACAACUUGACGAGGACACAACUACAUUCAUCCGAUGUUAUCCAUACGAUGGAUUCGAAGGUGCUACUCGUAUUGUCAAUAUUAAACAAGCACGAAAACCAAAAUCAUUAACUACGAAAUCUGUAACACAAAAUUUACGAAUUAAUAAUACUAAUAACAAAAGUAAUGCUGCGACAAGAAUCCAACAGAAGAAACGCGGUGGAUUUAACAAUACACGAAGAGGACAAAUUUCAACGCCAUUGUCUCAACGAGGUACUCCUAUUAAAAGAUCGUUUCCAGCUGCUGGCCCACCGAAUAAACGAUUUCGUGGAGAUCUUAAUAAUUCAUUUCCAGGCGCAAAUCGUGAUCAAGUACCGAUGAGAAAUUAUGAAAUGGAACAAUAUAAUUACGCUCAACCAGCACCAUACAAUAAUGGAAAUAAUCGUUGGUCUGGUCGUCAUCCAGUCGAUCAACAACGAGAAAAGUUUUUUGAAAGAUCAAAUUUUGAAUUACAAUCACUUGCAUCAGAUAAUACUGGAUAUUAUCCUGAUAGUAGACCAUCACAACUUAUGUCCAGAGGAAACAAUUACGAUCAUGAACAGCAACAACGAUUUAAUGGUGGUGGUGGUGGUGGAAGAUAUGAUAGUCGACCAUCGAAUUAUGAUCCGGGUUUUAUUCGUGCUGUUGCGAAGGCUGUUGCUGAAUAUCAUCCAGAACCGAAUAGUGCACCUGGAUUUGCUAGCUCAUCGAACCGUCCUUAUCAACGAUCUAAUCAAGGUCCAACCGAUGAAUUUAUUCAUCAAGUUGCCAAUACUAUUCAACGUUCGCAACAUCACCAACCACCAGCACCAAUCAUGAGUCAACCACCUUAUCCAAAUUCGAAUUCAUCAAGUGGAUUCGGAGUUAAUAAUAGUAACAAUACAAAACCGACUUAUUUUCCAAACAGUGGUGCUCAACAACAAACUCAAAUGGGUAACAGUAAUCCACCUGUACGUUCCUAUGCUGAUUAUCGAGCAUCAACUGGUCCAUCGAUUACUAAUGUUUCUCCAUCAAUGUAUCCAUCAUCAUUAGCAAAUGCCCAAAAUCCAGUAGUUUCACAAUCGCAUGCAUUCAAUGACUUUACCCAUUCGUCACUAACACAUAAUAAUUCAUCGAAUACAUAUGGACGACCACCGUUCGUCAAUGAGGAACCACGUUAUGGUAAUUUUGGACAUCAAAAUCAAAUGCAACAAUCAUCUCAAGCACCAUGGCGAGGAUCAUCAAGAGGUGGAGGUAAUGUUCGUGGUGGUCGCGGCCAACCUACAAAUCAAUUCCAACCAAAGAAUAAACAACCUGGCUCAACAUUUUCAUUUAGCAGUAAUAAUAACCAUAACAAUAAUUCAUCAAUGCGUGGACGAGGUGUCAUUGGAAAUGGUCGAAGUUUUGGUAGCCGCCGUUGA